GAAGUGCCGUCUCCUCGCGGCUGCUGUCUCUCGGGCUGGCCCAGGGAGGAGGCUCCCGGGGAGGGGGCCGGGCCGGGAUGGCGGCAGCGGCGGCCGGGACGGGGACUUGGGCCGCUCAAGAGAAGCAGUUCCCGCCUGCACUGCUGAGUUUCUUCAUUUACAACCCGCGCUUCGGACCGCGCGAGGGAGAGGAGGAAAAUAAAAUUUUGUUUUAUCAUCCAAAUGAAGUAGAAAAGAACGAGAAAAUUAGGAGCGUUGGAUUAUGUGAAGCCAUCGUGCAGUUUACGAGGACCUUUAGUCCAUCAAAACCUGCAAAAUCCCUGCAUACACAGAAGAACAGGCAGUUCUUCAAUGAGCCAGAAGAAAAUUUCUGGAUGGUCAUGGUUGUUCGGAAUCCUAUAAUUGAAAAACAGAGUAAAGAUGGAAAACCAGUUGUGGAGUACCAAGAAGAGGAGCUGUUGGACAAGGUCUACAAUUCAGUGCUGCAGCAGUGUUACAGCAUGUAUAAGCUGUUUAAUGGGACAUUUCUGAAAGCCAUGGAAGAUGGAGGUGUCACGCUCCUGAAGGAAAGACUGGAGAAAUUCUUCCAUCGGUAUCUGCAGACGCUCCAUUUGCAGUCAUGUGACCUACUUGACAUUUUUGGUGGGAUCAGCUUCUUCCCAUUGGACAAAAUGACUUACUUGAAAAUCCAGUCUUUUAUCAAUAGGAUGGAGGAAAGCCUGAACACAGUGAAAUACACUGCAUUUCUCUACAACGAUCAGCUCAUCUGGAGUGGAUUAGAACAAGACGACAUGAGAAUCUUAUACAAAUACCUCACCACCUCCCUGUUCCCCAGGCACAUUGAACCUGAGUUGGCGGGAAGGGAUUCCCCAAUAAGGGCUGAAAUGCCGGGAAAUCUUCAGCAUUAUGGAAGAUUUCUUACUGGACCCUUGAACCUCAAUGAUCCAGAAGCAAAAUGCAGAUUUCCCAAAAUUUUUGUAAAUACAGAUGACACUUACGAAGAGCUCCAUUUAAUUGUUUAUAAGGCCAUGAGUGCGGCCGUGUGUUUCAUGAUUGAUGCCUCCAUCCAGCUGACGCUGGACUUCUGCCGGAGACUGGACAGCAUCGUCGGGCCCCAGCUCACAGUGCUGGCCUCCGACAUCUGUGAGCAGUUCAACAUCAGCAAGCGGGCGUCUGGGUCUGAAAAGGAGCCUCAGUUUAAGUUCAUCUACUUCAACCACAUGAACUUGGCGGAGAAAAGCACAAUCCACAUGAGGAAGACCCCGAGUGUGUCACUGACGUCUGUCCACCCGGACUUGAUGAAGAUUCUGGGUGACAUCAACAGUGACUUCACUAGGGCGGACGAAGAUGAGGAGAUCAUCGUGAAGGCCAUGAGCGACUACUGGGUUGUUGGGAAGAAGUCUGACCAGCGGGAGCUCUACGUGAUUCUGAAUCAGAAAAACGCAAACCUGAUUGAAGUCAAUGAAGAAGUGAAGAAGCUGUGCGCCACCCAGUUCAACAACAUCUUCUUCCUGGACUGACCAACCACGGCGCGCCAAAAACCUAAGGGACUCGGCAGCGUCGUUUGUUGCUGCAGGUUUCUGCUCGCUCUUCUGGCUGCACUAGGACAAGAGCCACGCAGAAUGAAAUCUCUACUCAACCUGACCCGAGGUUUUUAGAUUUUAAAUAUGUACGUGGAAUAAUGAAAGGUAGUCUGCACUCUCUUUCAUUCCGUUCUUUUGACAUGUGAAUAUUUUACUGGAAAGAAGACUAAUAAAUUGCUAA